AAUAACAAACAAUCAAAAUCCAAAGCAAACGAAAAAAUGCCCACACAAAAUCGCCACCAAUUUCCCCCCCUAGUCGAGUACUAGCUCUGUGGCAUGGAAACGGUGGAGAUGGCACAGUUUGGCGCGCUCGCAAAGCCUGUAUCGAAAGGGCUCGUCUUUGGCUGGUACGUGCGUAGCAUGCGUACGAGGGUUCAUUUUCCAAAUUCAACCGACCAAGGUUUCCUCCCCCUUCGGUUUCUAUUACCCUGUCCCGUUGUUGGUGUUGCCACUUGCAGUGAGUGAAACAAUUCCCAAACCUGCUUACGGUCGCGUGUUAUUAGCAUUGUGUUCUCAUUGAAAAUCAUCACUACGAUGACGAUCCACCAUCAAGUUUGGUCAAGUGUGUAAUAGCUUUCGUUCCUAAAAGCACAAGAAAAAAGAGUUGGUGUGAGCCGUGGUGUGACUAAUUGUGGAGUAGCAUUCGAUACGCGCUUUUGGAACCAGCAUGAAUUGUUGACUCUGUGUGCAGACGACAUUUGAUCAAGUGCGGCACCUUGCUGGUUCUAGUGAUAAAUUAAGCUAUCACCUGUUACGAUGCUGCAAUCGCGUGACUAGACGACCUUGUGCUUACUUAUUUCUAGCUUUUACUGUCCCGCUUCGGUGGAGGUGUGGUGCAAGGCAAUCGCAAUAGGCAAGUGACGACGGGUAGCAAAUUGGGCAUGCUGCGCAUACACCGCUGUAACCAUUUAGUUGCGAGCUGAUUGUAUAUGAAACGGUUGCUGAUAGAGAAACGCUGCAAAGCAAAAUAGUUCACCAUAGUACACGGUUCCAAAAGUGGAUCUUCGCUUGUACGGUUUGACCGGCAAGCUCAGCAGCAGCAUUGUAAGAUUAGACGUUAGUAAACCACACAACACACGUAGUAUCUUUAUCUCCGGAUGACGGUGAAACCGGUAACGGCGGUUGUAAUUGGUUCCGGGAUGACCGUCCGACCGGCUGCACAUUUCGCGCAAAAUGCAUCCGAACGCGAACAGCGGCGCCGCUCGAUCGUGAUACUUUCGCUACUGGCCGCUUGUGCGUUCCUGUUCGUGCUGUCACUCUGCCUACUGACAGCACUGGUGAUGGUCGGGCGCAAUCUGUCAUCCGAUGCUGGCAGUCAUUCCGAUCUGACAGCUGCUACCGAUGAUACGCAUUUAUUUGUCAACAACAACAUUGUAUCGCACGACGGUGAAACGGCGUCCAGUGAUAACGGCACCGGUGGCCAGUACAACCGUAGCACUAUCUUCCUACCGAACUCGGUAUUUUCUACAGUGACACCAACAGCAACUCGGUCAGAGGCGGCCGGUCGAAUGAAUCGGGUGUUUAAGAUGGGUACGCAGGUGGUGGACAAGUUAGGCUUCCGGUUACCGCGGCACAUUGCACCGGUGCAUUACGAGCUGUGGUUACAUCCGGAUUUGCAGCGUGAAACAUUCGCCGGGCGCGUUGGCAUCGAGCUGAAUGUGUCCGAGUCGACGAACUAUAUUGUGCUGCACAGCAAGCUGCUAACCAUCACGGAAACGGUGCUGCGUGAGCUGAGGAGCAGCAAUGAGCGACCGGAGCGUGAAAUCAACAUAUCCCGGGCGUAUGAAAUACCGGAGCAUGAUUACUGGAUCAUCGAAACGCAGAGCGAAAUAGGGGCCGGUGCUUAUCGGUUAAGUGUGCAAUUUAAUGGCAGCUUGGCGGACCGUAUCAUCGGGUUCUACAGCAGCAAGUACCUCGACAAGACCACGAACCAAACGAGAAAAAUUGCAACAUCCAAGUUUGAGCCAACGUUCGCUCGGCAAGCGUUCCCAUGCUUCGACGAGCCGCAUCUGAAGGCCGAAUAUACGAUCCAUUUGGUUCACCCGUCCGGCGAUGGUUACGAGGCACUGUCCAACAUGAACAUCGCCGAAACGGUAGCGAACGAUCCUUCGACCGGGUUAAGCACAACAAAGUUCGAGCGAAGCGUUAAGAUGAGCACCUACCUCGUGGUGUUUAUCGUGAGCGAUUUCCUUUAUAAGGAGGUACUGAUCACACCGGAACAUGGCAAUCCGUUUCCUUUGCGCGUAUACGCCACCCGGUUCCAGCAGGAGAACGUUGACUUCGCGCUUGCCACCGCACGUACCAUCAUUCAGUAUUAUGUAAAAUAUUUCGGUAUCGCAUACCCACUGCCCAAGCUGGAUAUGGCCGCUAUACCGGACUUUGUAUCGGGUGCGAUGGAAACGUGGGGAUUGGUCACGUACCGUGAAACGUCAAUCCUGUACAACAAGGACACGAGCAGUACGGCCAACAAGCAGCGGGUGGCGGGCGUGAUUGCGCACGAGCUGGCCCACAUGUGGUUCGGCAACCUGGUAACGAUGCAGUGGUGGAACGAGCUGUGGCUAAACGAGGGUUUCGCGAGCUACAUCGAAUACAAGGGCAUGCACGAGGCGUCCCCGGAUUGGGGCAUCGAGGAGCAGUUUAUCAUCGACGAUCUGCACGGUGUGCUCACGCUCGAUGCAACGCUCGGUUCGCAUCCGAUCGUAAUGUCGGUGGAAAAUCCGAACCAAAUCACGGAAAUUUUCGACACCAUCACCUACUCCAAGGGUGCAUCGGUUAUACGCAUGCUGGAGGACUUUGUGACACCGGCCGUCUUUCAGCAGGGUGUGACGAGCUACCUAACGAAGCUGGCCUUCUCGAACAGUGUAUCGGAGGAUCUGAUGCGCGAGCUGGACGAGCUGGUGGAUACGGUGAGCGUUACAACCGUGAUGGAUACGUUCACGAAGCAGAAAGGUUUCCCGGUUGUGACGGUCACGGUGAACGCAUUGCAGUACGUGCUACAGCAACAACGCUUCCUGGCCGAUAAGGACGCGAAUGAGACGGAAGAAUCACCGUUCAGUUAUCGCUGGUACAUACCGAUCACAUACGUAGCCAGUAACGCCGCUCCGGGUGCUGAGCCGCAACGGAUUUGGUUCCCGAACGAUCAAAACAUGGUGACGAUCGAUAAGCCGGCAGGUAGCAACUGGAUUAAGCUGAACUAUCGCCAGAUUGGGUACUAUCGGGUGAACUAUCCGGUGGAAAUGUGGGAACAGUUUGGUGAAGCUUUGCUCAAGGAUGUAAACACGUUCACGAUCGGUGAUCGUACCGGACUGUUGAACGAUGCGUUUGCUUUGGCGGAUGCUACAUUGCUGCCGUACAACAAUGCGCUCGACUUGACGCGCUACUUGAGCAACGAAAGUGAGUAUGUGCCGUGGUCGGCCAUUGCGAGCAAGCUGAAGACGAUCCGCAAUCUGCUGUACAAUUUCAACUCGUACGAUGAGAUUACGAACUACACCCGAACGUUAGUUAGCGAAGCGGUCCAAUCUGUCGGCUGGGUUGUACCGGAUGAUGGUGAACACAUGAAAAACCUACUGCGUACGACGAUCCUCGAUCUAGCCUGUUCCUUCGGGCAUCCUGGCUGUCUGACGGAAGCGAGCCGUCUCUUCCUUGGUUGGUUGAACAAUGGCGAAACUAUUCAUCCCGAUUUACGCUCCGUUGUCUACACGUACGGCAUACAGACGGGCGUAUCCGUGGCCGACUGGGACGAAGUGCUGAACCGUUUCCGGCAGGAGAACGAUGCGAAUGAGAAGACGAAACUUAUGGUUGCCUUAGCGUCCUAUCCCGAUCAGCGCACGAUGCGUCGCUUUUUGGAACUGUCCUGGGAGCCGGCGUUGGUCCGCACGCAGGAUCAGCUUAGCUGCAUCCAGUACAUUGCCGCGAAUCGGCACGGCGAACAGGCGGCCUGGGAGCAUGUGCGCGAAAACUGGCCCCGUCUGGUGGAACGGUUCGGUAUUGGUGAGCGUAACCUCGGCCGGAUGAUUCCAUCGAUUACCGGGCGCUUUACGACACUGGCGCGACUGAACGAGCUGGAAGACUUCUUCGCCCGCUAUCCGGAAGCGGGUGCUGGUGCGGCCGCCCGCCGCCAAGCGCUCGAAACCAUCCAGAACAACAUCCGUUGGCUGCAGCUUAACGAAGCGAACGUGGCCAACUGGCUGAAUGAAAAUAGAGUAUAGAGUUCGAUGCUUUGUCCGGGAGAGGAUUUACCAGCCCCGAUAGGUCGGGGCGUGUAAGUGAAUUAAAGUUUCUUCCUCGAUUUGUGCUCUAGGAGAUCAAAUCGCAGGUACACCGUAUCAUGCGUCUACCCAGUCAUUUCCUCAUUUGUACACUGC